AUGGUGAAAGACGAAUGUCACCAUGGACCACAAGGGAAGUGCCUUCACUGUGCAGCUUUAGAGCCUUACGAUGAGGAAGUGAUGAAAUCUUGUAAACCUCCAAUAAAGUUCUUUUCCUUCCACUCCUAUCUGCGUAAGUUGACUGGUGGAGUAGAUAAAGGCAAAUUUGCCAACUUGGAAGACAUCACAUGCAAAAUCAAAGAUGGCUGUACAGAACACCCUCCAUGGCCACAUGGUAUCUGUACGAAAUGUCAACCAAAUGCUGUCACAUUAAACAGACAAAUAUACCGGCAUGUUGAUAACAUAAUGUUUGAAAAUCCUAAAAUAGCUGAACGCUUCUUGAACUAUUGGCGCAGUACAGGUCGACAGCGGCUUGGAAUACUCUAUGGAAAAUAUGAGGUUCAUAAAGACGUGCCUUUGGGGAUUAAGGCAACAAUAUUUGCCAUCUAUGAACCACCUCAGGAAAGUUCUAAAAACCGUAUUCAAAUAAUGAAAGAUGAGAAUGAUGAAUUGGUGAAGAGUAUAGCUGAAAAGAUGGGAAUUCAUCCAAUUGGCUGGAUUUUCACUGAUCUUAUGGCUGAGGACUUGAAGAAAGCAACUGUGAAGCAUUAUAGAGGCAAUCAGGAUUCACAUUAUUUGAGUGCAGAAGAGUGCAUCAUGGCUGCUGAGUUUCAAAACAAAUACCCUAAUCCUUGCCAAUAUUCUGCUGAAGGCAAGUUUGGUUCCAAAUGUGUCACUGUUGUGGUGACAGGUGACAGUAAAAACCAAGUUCACUUUGAAGGUUACCAAGUUUCCAACCAAUGCAUGGCGUUAGUUCGAGAUAACUGUCUGAUUCCGACUAAAGAUGCACCAGAGCUGGGCUAUGUGAAAGAAUCUUCCAGUAAACAGUUUGUUCCUGAUGUCUUCUACAAGGUGAAAGAUGAAUAUGGAAAUGAAGUGAUAGAAUUGGCACGACCAUUACCUGUUGAAUAUCUUCUGGUUGACAUUCCAUGUGCUUUUCCUGUAUGUCCACGGUCUUUUUUCAAUGUUUCUGCUAGCAAACCUUUCCCUGUUGAGAACCGUGAGAGCCUAGGCGAAAUCCAGGACUUCAAUGCUUUGGUACAGUACAUGGAACAAUUUCAACCCAAUGAUUUCUUGGAAGCUAUGUCAGAUUUUCACCUUCUCUUGUUUCUUGCCACUUGUGAUAUGCUUCCACUCAAGGAGACUAUUUCAAUAAUAUUGGAAGCUGUGAAAACCAAAGAUAAAAACCUUGCACACAAGUUUAAGAAAUCAGAAGAGUGGGCCACAGUUGAGGAGAUGAUGGCUGCCCAAGCAAUGCCAAUGGAGGAAUCAAGUGCAGUGAAUUUUGUAGGCGGUGCUGAGGCCAGCAAUACUACAGUGCCUGAUUUACCUGGUGUUGGUGGUGCUGGGAGCAGUGGUAACAGUGGUUCCAGCUGGGCAUGUGCCUAUUGCACUUACAUUAACCGGUCGGGAGAUGCUGCCUGUGAGAUGUGCUCUCUGCCUCCCUGAAACUCCAAUUCCUUUAUCUUCUCCCUUCCACUACCCCAAUUCCACACCUUACCUCUUGCCUCUUGCAAAUAUUACUUGACAUCAAACUUCCACUCAGAGGGUCAUGAGACAGGCACUGACUGUUGUUACUUCCCUUUGCUGCCAUGAAUUGGACCUGAGGUUUGGUUGGGUUUACUUUCUCUCUCUUUCACUUUGUUCCCUUUUUUUAAAGUUUUUGGUUAUAAAA